GACACCGCACCCUUACACUCUCACCUUUACAAUAGAGGUCUUCUAGGUGGCCGACACUCAGACAUUACUGUCCAUGUCUUUGGCUAUCCCUAUAAGCUUCACCGCCUGAUUCUCGAUCAAGCCACAUUCUUCGCUUCUGCUCUAUCUGGACCAUGGCUCGAGAGUAAAGCCAGUGAUAUCACCUUACACCCUGAGGACAUCGACACCAACAUCACUCAAGUCUCAUUCGAGCUGGCCCUGAAACGUCUCUAUGGCGCUGCUUUACCGGAGGAAGAGGAUGCUGAAGCGGUCAGUCUGUUCGCUACAGCGUGUUGGCUGGAAAUGCCCGAUCUCAUCGACUCGAGUAUAGAGUCUAUGCUAAGGCAAAUGUCAACUGCUACUCUAGCACCUCUCAUCAAGCUGGUCACAAGCAACUACUAUGGCCGGUCUGGAGACAAGAUCCUUGCGUCAGCCAAGGCUAUGUUAUGUCGCGAUGGUUGGAAAAUGCCAACAAAGUUCUGGGACGGCAUACCAGGUGAUAUUAUUCGAGAGAUUGUCGGUGGUGAUGGCUUCUUCAUCAAUGGCGAAUGGGACAGAUGGGUACUCGCCAAGCGACUCCUGGAUCGCCAUCUCAAAGCACUCGCUGUCGAAGCUGGAUUGGUCGAUCCUGUCUCCUGGUCGAAAGUGCGAAAAGCUCCAGAAGCUGCCAACCUCAUGGCUGUAAGGUUUGACUCGGUCUAUCGUAAGAAUGCUAUGGCAGCUGGUGCCGCUCCAGACGGAUUGCACCAAUGGAUCAGCCUUUACACUCAUCCAGACAUCGAGCCCUUACUAGUACUUCUGGAUGAGGGCAUACACUAUAUUCACCUGGACUUUGAGCAGUUGCAGUAUAUUCGCAGAGCUCGAGACAUACUUGGUCUCCCUAUGAUGCCUGACAAAGUCAUCUCAAAUGCUCUCUGGAUGCAAAUGGAACUUCGUCAGAAAGUACUGAAUGCCAAGGAUACUGAAAUGGAGCUUGGCUUGAGCGAAGGAAUCAGUGAAUUGCGGAGUCCACAUCUAAGGGCAGCCUCCUUGACAGAAACUUCAGUCAAGGGCAAACAAAAAGCUGACACUUACGACGAUUUUGAAGAUAUCGGCGAAGAUGAAAUUGCUUCCAACUCUUGGGAUGGUAAUGGCAAACCUCGGAAGUUCUGGAUCCCGUCAGCAGACUGUAACAUCGUUAUGGGAGGAGCCACUGAUCCCGCAAUGAUGUCUGCAGCAAGCACACAAUCGAACCGUCUCUCCGCUACCGUUCAACCCGAAGACGUACAAUGGGCUUCAGACUUUGCUGCCAACCCGUCAGACACUCGUUCAAUCCCUCAGAUCAUUCGACCAGACUCUGCUGCUGAUUCGAACGCAUCCGAGCUGCGUCCGGUCAGCUAUUCUCACUUCCCACCUUUCAGAUUUGCCGUUGAAUUCCCAAGCCCUCGUCUGCUCAAAGAGAAGAAGCGAGUGUACAGUCGUACCAUAUUCUACUCAGGGUCUUGGUGGAAUCUAUACAUCCAGAAAGUCCGAAGGGGUAAGAAUCCUCAGCUUGGUGUAUACCUUCAUCGUGCUAAAGAGCGAGAAACGGAGGAGACUCUGGCUGCUGGCGGGCAGCCUGUGCCGAAUACGCGUGUGGACGAACGUAUCGGUCAUCUUGAGCGUGAGAUGAUACUACGUGCUGAUCGCAGAGCUGAAGAACGAAGGCGACUAUUAGCUCGUCAACGCAGCGGUGAUGUCGUCGCAGAUGCAGAUAAUGCGGACAGUAGCAACGACACCGAUCCUGAUGGUGGCCCUGCCGGCGCCGACACAACACCAAGAGGAUCUCGAGGACUCAGUGGCUACCGUAAGAGUAGUGAGCAGGAUGUAUUAUCCAACUUCCCGACCAAGCCUGCAUACUAUGACAACGAGCAAGACUCGGAACUUGAAGACGAAGAUCCGGAGAUUGCAAAGCUUACACGUAGCAUACGCGUGCCGACACUACCGCCCUACGUUGAUAGUCGACCGACGAUCAAGACGUACUUCAAGAUUUACUCGCCCAGUAAAGGCGGACGUAUGCUGAGUGUCUACGAGAGCGCACCUGAUACGUUCAAUUUCAGUCAAAGCUGGGGAUGGAAGAGCAGUACUCUGAUGCUUGACGAUGGCAUGCUCGGCGAUGGAGAUGAGGUCAAUCCCGAAGAAGUACCUGUCAGAGACGCCAACAAAUUACGAUUUAUGAUUGUCAUUGGUAACGUAUGA